AUGGAUCGUAAAGGGUUCUUCAAUAAUUCACUAAGCAGACUAAAUUCGAAGAGUAAUUUAGCAAGCAACAAUCAAAGAUCAGAAAAUAUGCGUUUUAAACAGUCUGUAACUUUUGUUUUCUUGGUUCUGCUACUGGGUGCAGGGCUGCUUUCAUUUUUAGCGAUUUUGGGAGGGGCGCGGAACACGGGUGUACUGCGGAACCUCUACUGGCUCGAAGCGAAUACUUCGGGCUUCGGCAAUGCUCCGGCGACGACCAGAUGGUAUAAUUACGAGUGGUGUGGGUACGAGGGUGGCAGCGCGCAGGACUGCUCGUCGAGGCGGCCGGCGCAGCCUUUCUCGCCCCGCGAUAACUUUGGAGCGAGUGACGCGAUGCCAGCGACAUUUGUUAACAACCGCAAAACGUACUACUAUCUGUCGCGCGUUGCGUGGGCGAUGCUGCUGGUGGGGCUUGUUUUCAUUGUGAUGGCAAUUGUACCGCUUUUGGCGACUGUUUUUGCAGCGUCGACUUGGGUGGCGUCCUUGUCUACAGUUUGGCUGUGGUCAGCGCUAUUCUUCGUGACGCUCGCGGCAUGCCUCUACACAGGCUGCUACGUCAAAGCGCGCAACGCGUUUGCGGACAAUGGCCGGCGCGCGAAGCUGGGGUCGAAAAACUUUGCCUUCAUAUGGACUAGCGUGGCGCUCCUGCUGAUAUGUGCUUUGUGGUCGACAAUCACGACCGCAGUGUUUGGAAUCAACAAAGUGCGCAGUAACAGGAGGGACAGUCAUGGUUAUGAUUCGUAUGAAGGAGACAAAGCCACGACCAUGGACACGUAUGGCGACUCAGAUCAUCCGGCGAGUUCCCCAACGAAAUUCAAAUAUUUCAAGAGGAUACGCCGCUAUCAAGCGCCUGCGGCCCCUCCAGCUACAAUGGCCACUAAUUAUGAUGAAGAAAAUAUCCCGGCCGCCCCUCGUUAG